AUGUCCUUCUGGCYGAAUGAUUCGGGACGCUUUAACUCUAGCAACCUAGAUUAUGGCGCCAGUUUGCUUGUUAUGGGGGACGAUAAAAUGCAAGAUUSUUCAGAAACACCGURUUCAUCACAGACGCUGCAGUCAGCACUUUCAUUCACCACACCUCCGCCAAAUACUCGAUCUUCCACAACCUUCAAAACCMCAGUGUUUGGUGCCUUGAAAAAGAAAUCUGCAGUGGCCAAGAUAAUACACGCCAAUAUGAAAAGGAUGGCAAUGGGCAUUAGCGAAGACGUAGCAAACGUUGAAUACGUUCGCUCAAAGGCAAGAGAGGCAUUUGGGGACGAUMAUCUAGUACUAGUCACGUCCAAUGGCCUUAAAGUGAACGACAAUGAUGGCACUAGAG